AUUGGGGAAGGCUGGGCUGCCUCAGGCUAAGUGGGGGGCAAAAGGAAAACAAUAGCAUUCCUCUGGGUUGUGUUCGCAUUCACAAUAACUUGUUCAGGGCAAAUAAGUAAGGGACUCGAAUCGUUCACCUCACCGGAGUGAACCACCAGGAACAGGAGGCCAAAUGUCCAGCAGCGGUGGCCAAGCACCGUACAAACCAUACCGGCACCUGAAGACCCUUCAAGCCCACGAACGCGCGGUUUCGUGCGUGAAGUUCUCCAACGACGGUACCCUCCUCGCGUCCGCUUCCCUGGACAAGACCGUCAUCAUCUGGUCCUCUCCCACCUUCGCCCUCGUCCAGCGCCUCUCCGGUCACUCCGAGGGCGUGUCCGACCUCGCCUGGUCCUCCGACUCUCACUACAUCUGCUCCGCCUCUGAUGACCGUACCCUCCGCAUCUGGGACGCACGCUCCACCACCGGUGAGUGUGUGAAGACCCUCCGCGGCCACUCCAACUUCGUGUUUUGCGUCAAUUUCAAUCCCCAGUCCAAUCUCAUAGUCUCCGGUUCCUUUGACGAAACGGUUCGUGUCUGGGAGGUCAAGACCGGCAAGUGCCUUCACAUCAUCAGGGCCCACGCCCUCCCCGUGACUUCCGUACACUUCAACCGCGAUGGGUCCCUCAUCGUUUCCGCAAGCCACGAUGGUUCUUGCAAGAUAUGGGAGGCGGCCUCCGGGAAGUGCUUGAAGACUCUCAUUGACGAUAAGGUCCCUGCUGUGUCCUUCGCAAAGUUCUCCCCUAACGGCAAAUUCAUACUCGUAGCCACUCACAAUGACACCCUUAAGCUGUGGAACUACUCCACUGGGAAGUUCUUGAAAAUCUACACGGGUCAUGUGAACAGAGUAUACUGCAUAACAUCCACAUUUUCUGUGACGAAUGGCAAAUACAUUGUAAGUGGAUCUGAGGAUCGCUGUGUUUACCUAUGGGAUCUCCAGCAGAAAACUAUGGUUCAGAAACUUGAAGGCCACUCUGACACUGUUAUCUCCGUUGCCUGCCAUCCAGUCGAGAAUAAAAUUGCUUCUGCUGGCCUUGAUGGUGAUAGAACUGUGAGGAUUUGGGUUCAAGAUGCAUAAAUCUUUUGAAAAAAAGAAUGAAAGAAAGAAAGAAAUUGUAUGUAAAAUUGCUUGCCCUUUAGUGUGAACAUAGUAACCAGAUGUUUUGGUUUUCUAUAAAUUUUGUCUUGUUUUGUAUUAUCGUGUAAAUUAUAAAGGUUUUAGGUUGCUCUA